AAAAAAAAGGAAAAACAAAGGUGGAAGUAAAGCUCGAUAUAUGCACGCAUUAAAGAAGUGAAACUCAUUGAACAGUUACAGACUUACAGUCUUUCGCCCCAUGCUUUCUCAUCUCCUUUUGCACUCUCUGCUUCUCCAUGGAACGGGCUCAAGAACUGCAACUCCACAUUAGAGUUCAGGAAACCAAUAAAACAAACUCACAAAAGGAUGACACUAUCAAUAAUCAUCCACUACUUUCCCGACUCAAACAUUACAACCGGUGGGUUCGUGUGAUAUUCUACACACUUCUCCUCCUCUCUGGCCAGCCUGCAGCUACUCUCUUGGGAAGAUUAUAUUAUGACAAAGGUGGAAAGAGCAAAUGGAUGGCAACAAUUGUUCAAUCUGCAGGAUUUCCAAUCCUCAUCCUUCCCCUGUGCCUCUUUCAAUCAUCACCUGCCAAUUCCAUUAUAAAAACCACCAAAGCUUCUUCCACUCCCACCAUUGGGUUCAUCUAUGCAUCCCUUGGCAUAUUGGUGGCAGGCGACAACAUGUUGUAUUCAUAUGGCCUUUUGUAUCUCCCUGUUUCUACAUAUUCCCUCAUCUGUGCAACACAGUUGGCUUUCAAUGCACUCUUCUCCUUCUUCCUCAAUUCCCAAAAGUUCACACCUUUUAUACUAAAUUCUCUAGUCCUCCUAACAAUCUCUUCCACCCUACUAGUGCUCCAACCUGAUUCCACAGAAAACACAGGAAUCUCUAAAGGUAAGCAUGCAAUAGGGGUCCUAUUCACUGUUGGUGCAUCUGCUGUAUUCUCCUUGUACCUUUCCCUAACACAGCUGUCCUACCAGAAAGUUCUAAAAAAGGAGACAUUUUCUGUAGUCUUGGAAAUGAUAUUCUACCAAUCCCUUGUUGCAACUUGUGCAAGCACAAUAGGCCUUUUUGCAAGCGGAGAUUGGAAGGGUUUGAAAAGCGAGAUGGAGGAGUAUGGACUGGGGAAAUUAUCUUACAUCAUGACUUUGGUUUGGACAGCUGUGGGUUGGCAGAUUUCAUCUAUUGGCACAGUAGGAUUGAUUUUUGACGUCUCUUCCCUCUUCUCCAAUUGUGUUAGUACUUUGUGUUUGCCCAUUGUUCCAAUUCUUGCUAUGGUCUUUUUCCAUGACAAAAUGGAUGGGAUAAAGGUGGUUGCCUUGUUGUUGGCUAUUUGGGGCUUUGUUUCCUAUGUUUAUCAGCACUACAUUGAUGAUUCAAAGUCCAAAGGAAGACAAACAGAAGCAAACGAGGUUUCUAAUACUACUCUUACUGCGACAGAGACUAAUUGAAAGGGUUUUAAUGGAAUGUGGUUCUGAAGAUCUGUAUUAAACUAUGUGAUUUCAUCAGAAAGGAAAACAAACAAAAAUGUAUACGAUUUUGGAGAUGGAAACUACUUUUUUUUCUUGCGUCUUCUCCUUUCUUUAUUUUAUCUGGUAGUAGCUUUUGUAUCCCCUUUUCUGUACCUUGUCAAGAUUGUUUACAUAAAUGAGCAGAAAAGAAAAUUGAUAGAAGUAGAAGGUUAUCACUUUAUAAUGCA